AUCGAUUCCAGCCAGUUCCAGCGGCAGUAGAGAAAUGUCGUUCGUUCCGUGCGGUCACCGUCCUUUUGCCGUCGUCGUGUCGUGAGCCGUGUGUGUCCGGAUAAUCCGUGUCCGCAACUCAGCCCGUUUUUUCGCGUGUUCCCCCUCUUUUUUGCGACCAGUUUUGUUGUGCUUUUCGGUUUCGUAGCGUCGAUUCUACGGGGUGCAGUUCCGUGGUUUUGGAAUCAAGUCGGAGCAGCAGCAGCGAUUCCAAAGUCCAACUUCAAGCUCAAUCAAGCGAGUGGUCAAAGGAUUGUGAUAGCUUGAAGUGGCUUAGCCAAAAAAUAAAAGGAAAGAAAGAAGGAGAAACCCUAGAAAAAAGAGCAACGAAUUUUGGGGCGCUGGUCAGUUUUCCCGUUCCAGGGGCACGUAACAAGUGCUGUGUCACCUACCUUUCCGACGACGACGACGGGGUCAAGUGUGUGCGGCGGGCCAGGCAAUUGUCCGCGCGCCGCGCGAGGUUCAAUGAGUGAGUGAGCGGAAAAAUUAAGUCCAAAUUGAGCAGGCAAAGGCGAAAAAAAAAGUAGUGAAGAAGUGCAAUCCAGCGCUCGGAAAGCUCGAAACAGAAUAAGCCAGUUCAUUCAACACACGGCGGCAAGGGGUUUCAAGGUCUGUUGGCCACCGACCGCACCGCAACCAACCAAGAAGAAUCGGAAGAAAGGCUUUUGGGGCACCGGAAAGAGGAAGGAAGUGAGGAAUUAAGCGAUGGCCCCCAGCUUGAGCAAGAUCGCGGCCAAUCCGAACGUGGCGAUCGCGAUCGCCGGAUGUACCGCGGCCACCUGGAUCAUCCUGUACGGCAAGCAGGUCCGGCAGGCGCGCAAACAACGGCCCGAGGAUGAAAUUCAGUACUUUAUCAGCGAGAAAAAGGAGAAACGGUCCGCGACGAAGGCCCACGUCAAUUCGGUCUUCUUCAAACAGCUGCGCGCCCUGCUAAAAAUCAUCAUUCCCCGAAAAUGGAGCGCCGAAAACGGUCUGCUGGCGCUGAUCGCCGCCGCCCUCAUCGCCCGCUCCAUCAGCGACAUCUGGAUGAUCCAGAACGCGACCACCAUCGAGAGCACCAUCAUCACGAUGAACAAGAGCCAGUUCCGGACGGCGCUGGUCAAGUACCUUUCGGCGCUGCCGGCGAUUGCAGUCGUAAACAACGUGCUCAAGUGGAGCAUCGGCGAGCUGAAGCUUAGGUUUAGGACCAACAUGUCACAAUAUUUAUACGCAGAGUACCUGAAGGGUUUCACCUACUACAAGAUGUCCAACCUGGACAACCGGAUAGCGAACGCCGACCAGCUGCUGACGACGGACAUUGACAAGUUCUGCGAGAGCGUCACCGAUCUCUACUCCAACAUCUGCAAGCCGCUGCUCGAUAUCGUGAUUUACGUGUACCGGCUGACGACGAACCUGGGCGGGCAGACGCCCGGCAUCCUGCUGCUGUACCUGUUCUUCUCGGGCGUGUUCCUGACGAAUCUGCGCAAGCCGACGGGUCGUCUGACGGUGAUGGAGCAGAAGCUGGAGGGAGAGUUCCGGUACGUCAACAGCAGGCUCAUCACCAACUCGGAGGAGAUCGCCUUCUACAAGGGCAACAACCGCGAGAAGCUCACGAUUCUGGCGAGCUUCAACAAGCUGGUGGCGCACCUGCGCAAAUUCUUGGAGUUCCGCGUCGGCAUGGGCAUCAUCGACAACAUGGUUGCCAAGUACAUUGCCACCGUGGUCGGCUUCUACGCCGUGUCGCUUCCGUUCUUCGAGGAGAACCACCCGCUGCUGACGGGCAGCAAGGCCGGCGAUCGGUUGAGCAAAUACUACACCUUCGGUCGGAUGCUGGUCAAGCUGGCGGAGGCCAUCGGUCGGUUGGUGCUGGCGGGUCGUGAAAUGUCGCGGCUGGCCGGGUUCACCGCGCGCAUGACGGAACUCACGGUUGUGCUGAAGGAGCUGAACGCGGGUCGGUACGAGCGCACCAUGGUGAGCAACUCGAGCGUGGCGGACGCGGAGAUUGGCGCCGGGAAGGGCCUGCUCAAGUUCCAGGACAAUCUGAUCAAGUUCGAGCACGUGCCGCUGGUGACGCCGAACGGGGACGUGCUGGUCAAGGACCUGAACUUUGAGGUCAAGUCCGGCAUGAACGUGCUGGUGUGCGGGCCGAACGGGUGCGGCAAGAGCAGUCUGUUCCGCAUUCUGGGGGAGUUGUGGCCCACGUGGGGCGGCAAGGUGACGAAACCCCCCGCGGGGAAGCUGUUUUACAUUCCGCAGAGGCCGUACAUGACGCUGGGGACGCUGCGCGAUCAGAUCAUCUACCCGCACACGCACCAGGAGAUGAAGCGGCGUGGCAAGACGGACGCGGACCUGCUGUCGUACCUGGACCUGGUCCAGCUGACGUACCUGCAGGUGCGCGAGAAGGGCCUGGACGCGAUCGAGGACUGGAUCGACGUGCUGUCCGGCGGGGAGAAGCAGCGCAUCGCGAUGGCCCGGCUCUUCUACCACAAGCCCCAGUUUGCCAUCCUGGACGAGUGCACCUCGGCGGUUUCCGUCGACGUCGAAGGAAGCAUGUACGAGUACUGCCGGAAGGUGGCGAUCACGCUGUUUACCGUUUCGCACCGGAAGUCGCUGUGGAAGCACCACGAUUACUAUCUGCAGUUUGACGGCCACGGCGCGUACGAAUUUGCGCCCAUCGACGGCAGCGAGCAGCAGUUCGGGUCGUAAGCACAGCAUUUCCGGGUGGAUCUUUUUUUACGGUGAUAGAGCGAGACAGAACCGGUUCCAGGAGGGCGUGGAUGAGCGGUGCAGGAAACCCACUAAUUUUAAGGUGUAUAAAUGCGACGGACGGGCGGCUAUUUUUUUACCUUUCUUUCGUGAAUUCUAUCGAGAAGUGAGAGUCGGUUUUCUUUUAAGGUGGAGUAAAGCAUGAUUGUGUUUUAUUAAAUUUUAUUUACAAGACAGGCAUUGCGCUUUUUCUCCGUUAUUUUAUCUUAAUGUAAUCUUCUGUUGCAGAAAUAAAAGUUAACUUUGGAAUAA